CGCAACCGCUGUCCCGAGUGCCAGAAGCAAUUCAAGCGUCCGUCUUCGUUACAGACCCACAUGCACUCGCACACGGGUGCAAAGCCAUAUUAUUGCUCGUGGUCCGGAUGCGGGCGCGCGUUUAGCGUGCGCUCCAACAUGACGCGCCACAUGAAGUUGCACGAGCGC